GGAAGGGGCGAGCGCGGCGGCGGCGGCGGCGAGGAGCUUUGCCUUCCACCUCACCAGCCCCGGCAGGACGGGGGCGGCAGCCGCGAGCCCGGGGCGGGGACAGCACGCAGCCUCGAGGCGCGCACCCCCACCCGGCAGCGGCCCCGACACCCGGGGCGAGCGGGAAAGCGGCAGCGGCGGCGGCGGCGGGGGAAGGAUGCAGGGGAAGAAGCCGGGCGGCUCGUCGGGCGGCGGCCGGAGCGGCGAGCUGCAGGGGGACGAGGCGCAGAGGAACAAGAAAAAGAAAAAGAAGGUGUCCUGCUUUUCCAACAUCAAGAUAUUCCUGGUGUCCGAGUGCGCCCUGAUGCUGGCGCAGGGCACGGUGGGCGCCUACCUGGUGAGCGUCCUGACCACCCUGGAGCGUAGGUUCAACCUGCAGAGCGCUGACGUGGGUGUGAUCGCCAGCAGCUUCGAGAUCGGGAACCUGGCACUCAUCCUCUUCGUGAGCUACUUCGGGGCGCGCGGGCAUCGGCCGCGCCUAAUCGGCUGCGGCGGCAUCGUCAUGGCGCUGGGCGCGCUGCUGUCGGCGCUGCCAGAGUUCCUGACCCACCAGUACAAGUACGAGGCAGGCGAGAUCCGCUGGGGCGCCGAGGGCCGCGACGUCUGCGCCGCCAAUGGCUCGGGCAGCGACGAGGGGCCCGACCCCGACCUCAUCUGCCGCAACCGGACGGCUACUAACAUGAUGUACUUGCUGCUCAUUGGGGCCCAGGUGCUCCUGGGCAUCGGUGCUACCCCAGUGCAGCCGCUGGGCGUCUCCUACAUCGACGACCACGUGCGGAGGAAGGACUCCUCGCUCUAUAUAGGAAUCCUGUUCACGAUGCUGGUAUUUGGACCAGCCUGCGGGUUUAUCCUGGGCUCUUUCUGUACCAAAAUCUACGUGGAUGCAGUCUUCAUUGACACAAGUAACCUGGACAUCACUCCGGAUGACCCCCGCUGGAUCGGAGCCUGGUGGGGUGGCUUUCUGCUCUGCGGUGCCUUACUCUUCUUCUCUUCCCUCUUGAUGUUUGGGUUUCCACAGUCCCUGCCCCCGCACUCAGACCCCGCCAUGGAAAGCGAGCAGGCCAUGCUCCCCGAAAGAGAAUACGAGAGGCCCAAGCCCAGCAAUGGGGUCCUGAGGCACCCCCUGGAGCCAGACAGCAGUGCCUCCUGUUUCCAGCAGCUGAGAGUGAUCCCAAAGGUCACCAAGCACCUGCUCUCAAACCCUGUGUUCACCUGCAUCAUCCUGGCCGCCUGCAUGGAGAUUGCAGUGGUGGCUGGCUUCGCUGCCUUCUUAGGGAAGUACCUGGAGCAGCAGUUUAACCUCACCACUUCUUCUGCCAACCAGCUGCUUGGGAUGACUGCAAUCCCGUGUGCUUGUCUGGGUAUCUUCCUGGGCGGUCUUUUGGUGAAGAAGCUCAGCCUGUCUGCCCUGGGGGCCAUUCGGAUGGCCAUGCUCGUCAACCUGGUGUCCACCGCUUGCUAUGUCUCCUUCCUCUUCCUGGGCUGCGACACUGGCCCUGUGGCUGGGGUUACUGUUCCCUAUGGAAACAACACAGCACCUGGCUCAGCCCUGGACCCCUACUCACCCUGCAAUAAUAACUGUGAAUGCCAAACCGAUUCCUUCACUCCAGUGUGUGGGGCAGAUGGCAUCACCUACCUGUCUGCCUGCUUUGCUGGCUGCAACAGCACGAAUCUCACGGGCUGUGCGUGCCUCACCACCGUCCCUGCUGAGAAUGCGACCGUGGUUCCUGGAAAAUGCCCCAGUCCUGGGUGCCAAGAGGCCUUCCUUACCUUCCUCUGUGUGAUGUGUAUCUGCAGCCUGAUCGGUGCCAUGGCACAGACACCCUCAGUCAUCAUCCUCAUCAGGCUUCAUCCCUCCACCCCUCAUCUUCGGGGCCGGCAUUGAUUCCACCUGCCUGUUCUGGAGCACGUUCUGUGGGGAGCAAGGCGCCUGCGUCCUCUACGACAAUGUGGUCUACAGAUACCUGUAUGUCAGCAUCGCCAUCGCGCUCAAAUCCUUCGCCUUCAUCCUGUACACCACCACGUGGCAGUGCCUGAGGAAAAACUAUAAACGCUACAUCAAAAACCACGAGGGCGGGCUGAGCACCAGUGAGUUCUUUGCCUCUACUCUGACCCUAGACAACCUGGGGAGGGACCCUGUGCCCGCAAACCAGACACAUAGGACAAAGUUUAUCUAUAACCUGGAAGACCAUGAGUGGUGUGAAAACAUGGAGUCCGUUUUAUAGUGACUAAAGGAGGGCUGAACUCUGUAUUAGUAAUCCAAGGGUCAUUUUUUUCUUAAAAAAAGAAAAAAAGGUUUCCAAAAAAAAACCAAAACUCAAUACACACACAGAGGCACAGACGCACACACACUCAGACAGACACACCGACUUUGUCUUUUUUCUGAACAUCAGAGCCAGACAGGAUUCAAAAUAAGGAGAGAAUGAGAUCGUGCGGCGGGGUCCUGGAGGCCACUCGCGCGGCUGGGCCACAGAGUCUGCUUUGAAGGCACCUCAUGGUUUUCAGGAUGCCGACAGCUGCAAGCAACAGGCACUGCCAAAUUCAGGGAACAGUGGUGGCCAGCUUGGAGGAUGGACAUUUCUGGAUAUACAUACACAUACAAAACAGAAAACAUUUUUUUAAAGUUUACUAAAAUAAAAAAAAAAUUAAAAAAAAAAAAAAACACAAGUUGAAAGCAUUGCCAGAUUAAGCACUAGUGACACACCGCGUGCCACCCUCUUCCUCCAGAUGGGGGUGGGGGCGGGCGCACAAGUCGGAGGGGUGGAAGCCCCACUCCUCUCUCUGACUUUCGCAAUAUGGGUCACUGUGUAGACGACUCACCCAGUCUGCAUGUGGUUCAAGGCCCCAGAGUUCUCUCAGUGAUGCUAAUGGGUGAUCUGUGCUGGAGUUUGUAAUUGGCACCUCUCGCCAGCUCCAUCUCCAUGUUCAAGACUGAGGGCCUGAGGGGGAGCCGGGUGGGGGGCCAGCACCUCCCAGUGGCGGGCAUCCACCUUCCCCCAGCCCCACAGAGUGACCUCAGGAAGCAGUAGGCCUCGCCUGGCUAUGACUGACCCGGCUCAGAGCUGGUGAGACCCAACACAGUCCAAGUCAUUUGCUUACAUUUGCCAAACAUUUUGCCAUUUUUAAAAGAAAAAAACACAAUCCAUAUGAAUUUCAAACUGUUGUAUGUAUAAUCCUCUAAUACUAUUUUUAACUACUUCUAAAAUCUGUUAACCCUUCAGUCACUAACACAGUUCUCUAGGCCGGAUUUAUUAUGCUGGUUGCUUUUACUUUUUUUUCUCCUUUUUUAAUGCACCAAAAAUAUGUGAUACAAGGGAUGCAAUUAACCUAUUGUAAUUUUUAUCACUUUAUCCUCAUUCGGAUAUUCUACAAAAACAAGAAUAUAUAAUGUGUUAUAAGAAAAAAAAAAAAUGCUUCAAAAAGAGAGUGAAUAUGCAGCCUGCCUUUAAAAGAAUCACAUUUGAGACAACAGGGGAUAAUGUGAUGAAUUGCAAAUUUGCCUUUUAGCUUUCUUCCCCAUGAUUCAGUGAUCACUGUCAUGGGAAGCCCUUUUAUAUUCAUGCUUGACAUUCCAAGAGGCGUUCUUUUCAGCCUGUGGAGGAGAAACUCUUAGAUGUGGGUUUGUGGUGUAUGGAUGCAACACUUCCGGGGAUGGGAAAGAAGAACAGUUCCCUAGCACAAGCUGUUAAGAAGUCUGUAGCGUCUCUGAUAACAAAUAGACCCACAAGCUCCUGGAAACUGUCAUGUGUCCAAUGCAUGAAAAUGUCUCUGACAUUUUCAGGGUUAGUCUGGAACUAAGGCCCUUGUCUGUGUUUUGAAAGUGGGUGGACCUCAGAGAAUGAACCUGUUAUGAUUUGGGGUAAGAAUCACAUUAGAAAACCUCUUGCAACCAGUACACUAGGCCUUCUAUGGCCAUUUCCAUAAGGGGACAGAGCUUAGGUAAAGGCACACACUCAUACACAACAAAGGGCCCUGCUAACUUACCGCUCAUGCUUCUUCAGUAACCUUUGUUCAUGUCACAUUCCUGGCGCUGGAAAAAAAACUCAAAGGUUGAUUGGUUUGCUUUUUCACCUUGGACACAUUUGCAGUUUACCCAGAAGGCAAACAAAAGAAUCAGGAAAUAAAAAAUGGUUGGGCAUGGGGCAGAUAUGGUACCAAAUUUUUAAUGAACGUUGUAAAUGAAAAGGCUUGAAUGACAGCCCAAAUCUAGAGAAAGCACUGAGCAAGACCAACGAAAAGAAAAGCUGUGUCGUGGUGUGGGGCCACCAUGAUCAGCUACCUGGGGCAGGAUGCUUCUGAGACAGGCCUUUCAUCUGCUUAGUGUUAGUAUGUCCUUGCUUAUGAAAAUGGGGACACUCAUCAGUAUGUUAACUAGUAAAGGGGAGAUGGUUCUCCAACCACUUCAUAAAAUAUGUAUAUUCUGUUGUUCCUAAGGCUUUGAGAAUAUCCUGUACAGGUUUUGGUUUAGUUUUGCAAAUGUAUUGCUAAUAGGUCACUCCUAUAGAUUAUUGCUUGGCCCUUCAAACUCAGUACACACACACUGAGGCCCUUUGACCUAGUGUUUUAUGGAACUCUUUGUUUUGAGAGGAAAAAAAAAAGGUUUUUAAAACUCUUUGCAUCUUGGACUUUUUUCCCUAAAAUUUUAGGAUGAACGUGAAAAAGAUGUUAGAAUAACAGGAAGACAACUCCAGGGCUGAGUUUUAUCAGCAAUUGGGUAUAAAUUUAAAGACCCCUGUUGCAAGAUGGCUCUGAAUUCUGUUGUAUUGUCUUUUAAAAUUUUAAUUUUUCUCAUAUACUACCGAACAGAAAACUCAGUCUAGAUUUAAUUUGCCUUUUGUGCUCUAAAGAAGCAUUGUACAUACAACACUAGAUCAGCCCCCUCGAUUAUCUGUUUGGUUUCAAGUGAAUGAAAAGAUUUCCUGGUAAGAUCGCCAUUGGAUUUACAGAACACAAAAAAUGUACGGGAUGGAAUAAACCUAGAAAGUGAA